AUGCCGUUUUACAACCCGAUAUUGUACUUCACUCCUAUUGAUACUGCCAAAACAAGUGAUUUUACAAGUAGUUUCUUUCAGAUGGGUGACGAUAGGGUGAAGAUUGCUGAGGCUGAAUCAUGCUUCGAAGAAUUCGAAUCACAGUUUGCAAAGGGUCCACCGCUGCCUCCAGUUCGAAAGCCGUUAACGGUAAAGACAGCUCUUAAGGCAUUUGGUCUGUUUUGCACACUGACAGGUGGUGGUCUUUUGGGUUAUAAGUUAUUUAUCUCUAUACCUUCAUACAAUGGACCAACAAGGGAUAUGCAAAAUAAGACCGUACUCAUAACUCAACCAUGUGCGAAAAUGUCACGAGAACUUCUACAUGAUUUAGCGAAGCGGGGUGCACAUCUUAUUCUAGCGCAUAAUCAAGCCGAUCAAUGCGAAGAAAUGAGAGAACGCCUAAUACGUAAAUACAGUGUCAAAUCAGAUACAAUUGAAUGUCGACGUCUUGAAAUUGACAGUUUGAGAUCUGUUCGUCGGUUGGCAGCUAGUGUCCUGGCUGAUUUCCAAAAUUUGGAUUGUGCGAUUUUACAGUCUCCAUCAUGUGUUACAAGUAUUAUUGCUGGUAAAAGACGUUUCACACAUGAUGGAUUUGAGUAUGAAUUAGGCGCUAAUUAUUUCGCGACCUAUUUGUUAAGUCGACUUUUAAUCGAUAGACUGAAUGCAAGUGAUGGUCGUCUUAUUUUUGUGAUUGAUACACAAGCUGCUGAUGUUGCUCAAAAAUCAGCUGAAUGCACACCCAGUACAUCUGAGGUUACCAUUCCUCUGGAAAAUUUAAAUUGGGAAAAUGAUGAAGCCUAUACACCGAAAAAUAGUUUUCAACGGUCACAGUGGUUCUUGUCAAUGUUUGCAGAUGAGCUUGCACGUCGUAAUUCAACCAAGGGUACAGCCUCAAUUUUAGUCUCAAAUCCUCGUAUUUCUCGUAAUGCACCUCCGGCAAUGGAUACGAAUGCGGGACCUUUUCUGAGGGCUUUUUACAAGAUAGGUGAUUUUUGCGCUGGUCUGGUUGGUCGAAAAGCAUCUAGUACAGUUACCUUCUGUGCAACAGCUAGUCCCUCUGUAAUUGAUCUGACGGGUGAGGGAAGUCAAAAGGAUGGCUUAAAUGUUGUCCGUGCUCCAGUUUAUCAAGAUUUAAGACUGUCGAUACCUUCGAAGCAGAACGAUGCAAUGGUUGAGCAAAGACGUAAUGCCUCUCAGAUUUUAUGGGAUGUGUCAGAAAAAUGGACUCGUUUAGAUACUCACCCAACUGCUCUCCCACUUCCUAAGAAGAUUGUUAAGGAAGUAACUAAAAUACAUACUGUUCAGUCUGCUUCAGCGGUGCAUGUAUAA